UGCCACAGGAUGAUUGUUUUUUCAGUGGUUACAAUCUGUUAGUCUAGAUCCUAGUUUAAUCUGUGGAUCCAUCCACAAACCUAAUCUAUUAUCUAAUCUAUCCAUCCAUCCAUCCCUUUACACACCCUUCUAUUCUAAUGCAUCCAAUCAUCCAUGCCCUCUCACACUAUUUAAUCUGUCCAAACAACCAUUCAUCCCAUUGCUAGCUAAUAUCCCAUAUUUGUUCAUGUAGCCAUCCAUAAUCUAUCAUGCAUGGGGACAAUCUAAUUUAACACGGUGGUAUCUCAAAUUGGGACUAAGGGUUUCUAAUGAUUCCCCAUCCUGUGUUUUCUUUUCCCCUCUCACAGUGUCCCUCCACUCAUACUUCUGCAAUCUCUCCUCCUAGUCCCUAUGGCUUGGCUGCAAACUGUUCUAGAACUCAUUUUUUUAUGAUCUCAGAACCACUCCUAGCCUGCAGUGAGGUCAUGCCAUCACUACAACCAGCCUCCAGCCUGCCUUCUGGAGCUAGUCACUCCUUCUUGGCAUGGUCAGCAGGAUAAUUACCAAACACUUGGUUCUUACACCUAGCACAGGAUGGGGAGGCAUGAGUUGGAAGGACCCUUUUGUCACUAUUACUUUCCCCAGCAAAAUAAUCUUCACCAUUGCUUCCUUCCUGAUGUUGCUAGUGCACAUGGGUGUCUUUGGGGGAGAUCUGUACCACUUCUUUGUGACCCAGAAAUUCAAUCUUAUGAGCUUUCAUGGCACCACCGUACUACUGAUAUCCCAUGUGAUAAGUUUUUACUGGGCCUUGCUUGGAACAUUUUACACCAUUGAGGCUCAUGACAGAGUUCUCAGGGGGGUUGCCCUGACCUCGUUGGUGAUGAACUUCACCCUCUUUGUGAGCCGCUUCUGCCUGGACUACUUGACUAUCGAAUACAGGGAGGAGAUUCACUGAGACCCAGCCUGACCUUGUCAGCAGCCUUGAAGAGGUGCACACACAGCAUUCACCCCUAGCUCUGUUGGAAUUAGGAAGCGGGGAGGAAAGGGGGCAGUAACACACUGCUGAGGCUGUAGCCAAAAUCAAGUUUAAUAACAAUACAGGAUAUUGCUGUAGUGCUAGAGACAGUGUCGUUCAUUAGUCACAUCAUCUUCCUGGGAGGUGGGAGCAAGGAAGUCAUGACAGCCAGAAUCUUCCCAGAUGGCCAACCCUCAGUGGUAGCAUUUGGCCACAGGGCUCCUCCCAUUCCACAGCAAUGGCCCAUCACUCAAUUCCUACCCCAACAAUGAUCACAGGGUAAUGCUAAGGGGCACAACAGAGGGGGAGAGGUUCUGACAUCCCUCUCCCAAUAGCCACCCACCUUCCCCCCUCCCCCCGCCAUGGAAUCCUAGAGGACUCAUGUUCACAGCUCUCCUUUCCACUGGCGGUGGCUUUUGAGGAAGGUGAUAUUUUUCCUCUAUUGCCUUCUAGGUUAAAUUCUAUACCACCUGCUCUACUCCAGAACUAGCAGAUCCAGACAGUCAUUGUCAAAGAGGGGCGGGAGCUGGAAAGGUUGCAAAACAGCAGAUCUGCACUAAGGCGCAGUCAAAGAUCUGGAAGCAUGAAAGGAGUGGGAUUGGAGGUGACUGGAUUGGAUUGGUGUGGGGGGCAGGUUUCCUCUCUGGUCACUGAGACUACUUGGUGUAUUUCACACCCUGUGGGAAGGAUUAUUUCCUAUCAACCAUUUCAAUAAAUAGAAGGAAAGAGGCUGUGUUUAAAGCAUGAAAUCCUUGCCCAUCAGAGCUGACAGCCCAUAAACCAGGAAGUCUCUUCCUCUUCCACCUCCCUUCUUUAAACUCCAGUACUAACCAGCAUGUCCCAUCCCCACCCUAAACUCCAGAACAGGGCAAUACUUCUCCCCUCACACCCCCCUUCCAGUGGUGGACAUCCCACAGCCCUCAUGGUGUCAGCUCUGUACAGACCCAGAAGUGACCAGCUUUGGAAUUUCACCCACCCACUCCUAUAGGGUCAGGGGGACACCAACCCCACCCCACUCUUGUUAGUAAAAUAAUCACACCCAAGAGGCCCAGACUCCUUCCCUUCCCCCUGGUAUUAUGAGAUGGGAAGUGAAGGUUCCCUUUACUAAGAUGAUGGCAGAAGGGGUUUCAACAUCUCAUGGCUGUAAAUAAUGCAGGACAUAGAUUGGUGGAUCUUAGUUUUCACCCCUCCCAUUCUGGUAAAGUUAAGGACCAGGUAGUUACUGGUGUGAAAAAUCAGAAUUGAUGAAAGUAUGUUACACCUCUCCCAUGAGGGGGCAGGGGGGAGGGAGACUAAGGAUGUGACAAAGGGCUGGUUCCUGUCAUUUGGUUCAAUGAGAGUUCUCACCCCCGUUUGCAAAACUAGUUGGGAUCCAGCACCCACUUGAUUUGAACCCCCAAAGGAUGUGUACAAGGGGAGGGGGGGAUGAUGGGAAAUUCUGUACCACUCCCAGCAAAAGAGAAGGGCAGUUUUAUGUGGGGUCUAUAGAGUGGGAUGCCCCAUUCCCAAGCAGGAAAGGAGGCUUCUGUUGGAACAGGCUUCCUCCCAAAAGUCUUAGCAGCUGGCUGGAUCAAACAGAUCCUCUGUCACCCAUCUAGUUGAGACCAGGAACAUAACUGCACCUUCCUCCCUGGGGCAAAGGGUUUUUCAGGGAUAAGGUUGAGGAAAGCACAAGUAGAAGGACUUAAAACCAGAGAGCUCUGCAGUGCUUUGACUACAGGAAUGGACCCAUCAAACCUGGGAUGUUUUUCACAAGGCACCUCUGAGGAAGCAGAGGCUGCCCAGGAUUAGAGAAUGGAAAAGGGGAACAAAAGGGCCCUGAACCCUUUCAAACACCUGCAUUAAGACAAUCACGUUCUCACCCGCUGAGACAGAUUGGGCUGGUAGGGUCCAAGUUCUGGGCAGUUGAGGGACUUGGGGGAUAAGCCAGCUCCUAGGAGAAGGGCAUCAAGCCGAGGGUUGAAGGAGCCAGAUGCCAUUGUCAGGGGAGAAGGGCUGUAAUACCAAGUAGUUCACACUUCCAAGAAGGUGCAGGGUAUUUGCCCUUCAAUGUUGCUAGCACCCAGCUUUCUGCAGACAGGCAUGGAAAUGCCCCAUUUUCCUGAACACUCACCACCAGCAGGAAACUGAGACUUGGGGCAGGGAAGUGACUCGCUUGAGGUUGCACAGCAGGGUCAGCAGUCAUUGGGAACAGAACUCAGGAUCCUAGCUCCCAAUCUCCCUGCUCUGACAAACAGAUCACCCAUUCACUGUGGGCUGGCAAUGGAACCCAAGAGUCCAGGCUUCCAUUCUUGUGCUGCCUCUCACUUACCCCAGUCCUUAGCCACACUCGCACCAGCAGCACAAGCCCUCCCCGGUUACUAGUGCUUGGAGCUUUCCUCUUCCCUUGUCCUGAACAGCUCCUGGGGCUGAUUCUCAGCUGGAGCAGGAAGCGACUACAGGGCUCAUUCCAGCCCACGGUGGGGUCCCCAA